GAAAAUCCGGGGGUGGCCGCCAGGGAUCUCCAAGCGGCCUGGGCGAGGCAGCCUGAGCUUGCCUCCCGGAUUUGGGCCCCCCACCUGGCGCUCCGACCCUAGGCCCGUCGGUUCAGUCCCUGCCUCCCAUCUCUCUGCAGAGCGCCUAGACGACGGCGAGAUGACGGCUGGGAGCCCUGGAGACUGCGGGGAGGUGCGCAGGAGCCCCGAGGGCCGCGUCUCUCGCCUGGGCCGCCGCCUGGGCCGCCGCCGGCGCCCGCGCUCCCCGCCCGAACCUCUGCGGGUGCGGGCACGGCUGCGGCUGCGCUCGCCGUCGGGGGCGUUCGCGGCGCUGGGGGCGCUCGUGGUACUGGUGGGCAUGGGCAUCGCCGUGGCCGGCUACUGGCCGCACCGCGCCGGCGCCCCAGGGCCGCGCGCUGCCAAUGCCAGCGCGCCCCUCCUGAGCGAGCUGCGACGCGAGGGUCGCGGCGCCGGCCGGGCCCACGGCCCGCACGAGCGGCUGCGGCUCCUCGGGCCGGUGGUCAUGGGCGUCGGCCUGUUCGUGUUCAUCUGCGCCAACACGCUACUCUACGAGAACCGCGACUUGGAGACGCGACGGCUUCGCCAGGGGGUGCUGCGGGCUCAGGCGCUCCGCCCUCCUGACGGCGCCGGCUGGGACUGCGCCCUCCUCCCCAGCCCCGGACCCAGGACUCCCCGAGCCAUAGGCCGCGCAGAGCCAGAAAGUUGGGAUCUGUCCCCGCGUCGGGGCACCUCACCCGUUCCGUCAGUGCGGAGUCUGCGUUCAGAGCCUGCUAAUCCUCGCUUGGGGUUACCUGCCCUGCUCAACAGUUACCCUCUGAAGGGCCCAGGGCUGCCCCCACCCUGGGGUCCACGGACCCAGACUGGCCAUGUGAUUAUCACCGUGCAGCCCUCUGGUUCCUGCAUCGAACAUUCCAAGUCUCUGGAUCUGGGCCUUGGGGAGCUCCUACUUGGGGCCCCGGCAGCUCGAGACUGCGCUCACCGGAGCUGGCCACGGCUGGACCGCCUCAGUCUGGGGGGUUAUGCCAAGUUGGGAGGAGGAGGGGACUUGGGAGCCCGGGUUUGAGGAGCAAGGGACAGCCUUCUAGGCGGCUGCAGCAUGGACAUUGGUAACAGGACCAGAAGUCCCAAUAUCUAGUAGAAGCAUCAGUCACAUCCCAGACUGGAGGUGGAUGCUCUGGCCCCAUCAGCUGCUAAGGCAUCCUGACUUGCAUGUCGGCAGACAAAUGCCAACUGCACAGGGUUCAAUAAGCUGGAGACAAUGAGCUUUAAUGUGGAGUCUGGAGACCAGCAUGACUCGGCCUUGGGAUCUCUUUUAAGCCUCCAAAAGUGGCCUUACUUAGCCUCAGACAGGUACCUGAGGGGGCUGGAGGUCCAGGUCAGGGUGACUGGGAGAAACCUGGUGUCUUGGCAAACUCCAAGUGGUGAGCAAGGACCCCUAAGACUCAGAAGGAAGGUUGGGAUGUUACAGGCUGGGAUGGGCUCCCUCCAAGGUGGUGCCAGUUGCGGGGUCGGGGAAGACGGGCAAUGGGGUAGAGCAGAGACCCUCCACUGCCAUCUGGGAUGAGGCCUGAGGCUUUAUCUCCCACCACCUCAGCCCCUGUCUCCCCUCAGCCAUGCGGGGUACACCCCACUAGGGCUACACUACUGCCAAAGUCUUCCUACCGAGGGUCUGGCCCCUCCCUAAACAGGUCUGAGAAGCCCCCUUCUCUCCUCUGUCAUGGCCUGUGCUGCAAAAUCUCCCUCCAGCAGGCAAAAAGCAUUUGUCAGAUCUCCUUUUAUACAACGUUGAAGCCACAUUUUGGCCAAUGUUGGGUAGCUUACUUUAGAAAGUGGCUUGAAUUUGGGUCUCCCUUACCCAUGUUUAAUUUUUCCCAGAUUGCUGGUAGGAAAAGAGAACUUUAAAAGUUGAUCAAUUCUCACAGAUUCAGUCUUUUUUUUUUGUAAGUUUAUUGAAAAAUGCAAUACAAGAAGCAAGACCAAACACGAAUCUAAGCACUACACCACUUCUCUUACUACAAAAGGCCAAAACAGCAGACCUAAUUAUUGCCUUUUUACUCUAGAGAUUUUGCCAAUUUGAUUCUGCUGCCAUAGUUCCUAUUUGUCAAGAAAUGUAAACAACUACUUGAUAUGAUUCAUAAUUUUAAAAAAAUUUACAAAGCUCCUUCAUUUUUGUCACCAAAAUAAUACAUUUGAGAGAGAUCUGUAAAAACAGCCAGCCGGGGGCUGAGAUCCUGGGCGGGUAUUUCCACGAGCAGUGGGCAUUCUGUGGUGUUGGUCAGGCCAUAGCUCUGGCUCCACUUCCCAGGGCAGACGGUUGUCCCCUCCCCCCCCCCCCACCGCCCUGCAGAACAUGCGAUGGGGAGGCCUGGGCCGGAGGGCAAAGAGGCCCUGAAAGGUCCCUGUGGCCAGGUUCUUCGGGCCCUCGGCUUGGAAAUUUAGGUCCUGCUUGGUGGGUGGGUGGGUGGUGGGGGGGUGACAGAGACCUCAUGUGGCUUGGAGGAAGUCUUUACUUCUCAAGUGAAAUAAAAAUAAAA